AUGUCGGUUCCAACCCCCAUUCACGAUGCCACCAUCCUGUGCCUUACCGCCCUCGCGGAAUUCUGGGGCCUGGGCGUGCUGGCCCCGGCGGACGCACUCGGCGACGACGCCUCCAAGGACGCAUUCUACCUGGCCGAGGACGGACCGAACACGGUCGAGAUCCUGGAGGAAGUGGUCGAGGAGUGCCAGGCGCUGGAGACCAUCCUGGCGGAGCGGCGCAGGGUCCGGGACGAAGUCGGCAACCUCCCGCCGGCGAUGGCGCUGGACUUCCUCUGCGAACUGGCCGACCUGGCCCAAGAGUGUCGGGAUAAAGGACGCGACUAUGCUUCCGAAAGGCAAAUCGACACGGAGACCGCGUUCGACGCCACGGCCAAGGAUGCGUGGGUGCAGCUGAACGGCCGGUAUCGGUGGUGGGGCCAUAACCUGCCGCGAGCCCUGCCGAGCAGCGACUUCGCGGCGGUGCAAGCGCGCGUGGAUCAAGCUCGCGCCGCGCGGAAGCCGGCACCGGAAGAGGAAACCUUAAUCGGCGUCCCCUGGAUCCCCGAGGAGAAUUCCAUCGCUUGGAUGCAGCACCUGCAGAAGGUGAUGCGGGCUCUGGCCGACGAGGUGCAGCCCCUCAUCCGCGGGAUGGCGGCGGCGGUGCCACGGGUCUGGUUCCGCGAGGCCGAUGCGCAGUUCGAUCCCGCGCGGCAUCGCGAGUUCGACAAACAGUGCACGGCGUAUAUCCUCAGCCGUGGGCAGGAUUGGGCGAUUGAGAAGGAGCAGCAGUCGUCGCGGCGACCAGCUUCGCACCCACUGCGGGCUCGGAACGAACAGCUACGGGUUGCGCUGGUGCAGAGCCACUUGAUCGUGGGCAACCUGAAGCGGCGCAACCGGAUCCUGUACGCACAGGAGGAGCGCGGGCACGUCUUGUAUUCGCCCGGGCAGAUGCAGGCGUUCCGUAGGAAGGACAGCGUGGCCUUGCCCGCGUCGCCCGCGGCCUCGUACCUGGGCUGCUUCUUCGCGGACACGCCGGCUGAACUCUGCGUAGAACAACACUCGGCACACGGGCUCACAUGUCCCGGUUGCCUGGAGAUCCAGCGUCCGGAGGUGGCUCGGUCGUUCGAGGCCUGGAACGCGCAUGUCGCGGCGGACCUGUGUCCGUACAUCUGUCUCGACCCCAAAUGCCGGGACCCGGUGUUCGCGUACCCCUCCGCCGACGGCGGCACCUGGAAAGAGCAUAUGCUCACGCAGCAUGGCUCAAAGCUCGCGGCUUGUCCGUUCUGCAGCUGGCCACCCGAUGCCCAGGCAGUGGACCCGGAGCAUCUGCUGGCGCAUAUUGCGAUUGAGCUCCAGUUCUUUGCGUUGUUGGCGCUGCCUUGGGCGACGCAGGACCUGCUGAGGAAGGGCGCCUUUAAGCGGUGGUACGACAAGCGAUACCCCCGCGAGUCAGUGGACACCUCAUACUAUCCCGUGGAAUUGCCUCAGAUCCAGGCUUUUUACAGCGGGGUUCCUGACGGAGCUGAGAACAAGUCCAGCUCCAAUGCAGAGUGGUCCACUUUCAAUUGUCUGUAA